AUGAGAAUGAAUGAUGACAUCAGGCCAAUUGCCAUCGUCAUGUACUUAUACCAUUUGGUUCUAAAAUGGCAAUGGUUGAAGCCCUUCGAAGGACUUGCACGACAUUUCGAGGGAAGUGACUUGCGCUCCAUUGGCAUGCUAGACCAUGAUGACUUUUAUCACAGUGGUAGCGAUGAAUCUUAUUCGUUUUACACCCAAUCUCAGGUUGAUAGCAAGAAAGAAAAAAAUACUCCAAGUUUUCUUAUGUUAGACGAGGAUAGCGCAUACAACCAGCAGCCCGACUAUCUCUCCACAGUUGCUAGGUAA